AUGAGCGACAGUGACGAUAGUGAUUUCUUUAUCGAUGACUCUCCCAAAAAGAAAGCACCACCCAAAAAACCAGCAGGGGAGAAGAAAGCUCCAGCAAAACCAAAGGAGCCUAAGGAGCCGAAGGAGCAUAAAGAAAAGAAAGAGAAGAUAGCUGAUAUAUCAAUGACGAUGACAGAAGAGGAUAGGAAUGUGUUCACGAAUAUCGACCAAGCUUCCAACAAAGGGAAGAAAUUGGCUAUUGAGGAUAUUUAUCAGAAGAAAUCGCAACUCGAACACAUCUUGCUUCGUCCUGAUACCUACAUCGGAUCUGUGGAAUAUACAGAGAAGACAUCGAUGUGGAUAUACGACAGCGAAACUGAAAGGCUUGUUCUGAAAGACAUCCAAUAUGUGCCAGGACUGUACAAAAUUUUUGAUGAAAUUCUUGUAAAUGCUGCCGAUAACAAACAAAGAGAUCCAAAAAUGAACUGCAUCAAGAUCAAUAUUGACAAGUAA